AAUGCUUCAGUGGCAGUCAGCUGGCCACUGGCAACUGAAGUACGUGCAAACAUGUUUUUGGUUUAGAAUGUUCGAGUAAACUCGAGAUGGGGAUUUGACUGAGAGAAUAUUAUUUGCCGAGAACAAUAUUAAGUUUUGCAACAAGGAAUAGGAUGAGAAAGAGCAAUUAAAUCCAAUAAUGCUUUAUCGAGUUUAAUCCCCAUUUAAUAGCACAAGCUAAUGAUACCCUAAAUUUUUAGUCGCAGAAAAGGAAUAAGAAUCCAAGCAAUGAAAGAGUGAUGGUGUUAUUAAACAGAAACAGGUUCAAUUAAAGAGUAACUGGUGCAAGAAUGAGAAAUUGUUUACAGAAAGUAAAUUGAAUUUUAGCAUCAAGGAAAGGAAAUUCUUCUAAUUCUUGCGUAAUAUUCGUCAUACGUUUCAAAUAAUCGUAUUUUUUUUCUAGUUGAGUAUGGACUGCAUAAUGGAUAAUAUAUUGAAAUGAUUAGAAAUGCACGUAAUGGAGCCUAGAGCACUUUUAUCUUAACCGAAAGUUAUCUUAAAAUUUCCCAAUAUUGUAUAGUAAGCAGAAUUAAUGUGUAUCAUUAAUCCACUCAUUCGAAUCUUUAUCCUGGAAAAAAAACUGAAUAUCUAAGAAGAUGCUGCAUUCGCAACGUAACAUCAUGAGAAGAGAAAAACAAUGCAGCAUUCCACAUGAGUUGGUUGCAUAAUGCAAUUCGACCUUCCAUUGCUGCUUCUAAUUAUAGCAGUUUCACAUGUUUCGGCAACUUCAGUUAUCAGAAGAGGGAACAAUACGUUUUUCCAGAAAAGAUUUUCGCAAGCCGAUGAGAAAUUAUCUCGCCUUCGACCUUCAUCUCUCCUCCGGAAUUUCCUGAAACCAAAGAAAGUAAAUCUCUUUUCUGGAUGCCCUGAAAAUACGCAAUGUUCCUUCAUUUUAUCCUGCUGGUGGACCGGGGAUUCUGUAGGCACAUCUUGCGGGCCUUUUUUCUUCUGUUGCGGAAGUCAAGACAGCAGAGAUGAUCAACAUGUUCAUCAGUUAUACUAUGGUCCAGUUAGAAAUGAUCCGCUGUGCGGUAGAAGUUCAACCACAACAAGUCGCAUUGUAGGAGGAGAAGAUGCUGCUUUUGGACAGUUCCCUUGGCUGGCUUUUAUCCAAGUGGGCGGCAGUCGAUGCGGCGGAGCUCUGGUAGCCUGGAGACAUGUCGUGACCGCAGGACACUGUGUUGCGAAAACGCAGCAUAAUCCUGGAAACAUUAAAGUAACUCUGGGUGACUAUAUCCUGAAUUCAGAUUUGGAAGGUUUGCCUAGCGAAACUUUCGGUGUCGAUGAAGUGAAAGUUCAUCCUAAAUUCCGUUUCACUCCUCAAGCUGAUCGUUUCGAUGUUGCUGUGUUGCUACUGGAUAGACCGGUCGGAUAUCGAUUCAACAUGAAACCUAUUUGUUUACCUGAGAAAGGAACAGAUUUUCUAGGCUCUGUCGGUUACGCCGCUGGUUGGGGAGCCUUAGAACCAGGUUCUAAACUUAGACCGAAGAUUCUUCAAUAUGUUCCUGUACCCAUAAUCAACAAUAAAAUGUGCGAAGGAUGGCACAGGAGACGUGGGAUAAAUAUUGUUAUUUAUGACGAAAUGGUGUGCGCAGGAUAUGAAUUCGGAGGCCGCGAUUCUUGCCAAGGGGAUUCAGGUGGUCCUCUAAUGAUAAACCACUUCGGUAUUUGGUAUUUGGUUGGUAUAGUAUCAGCAGGUUACUCCUGUGCCAAACAGUUCCAACCAGGAAUCUAUCAUAGAGUCAGCAGUACAUCUGACUGGAUUUCUACAAAUUUGUAUUGAAGGGAAGAAAAUCUGGUGACUUGUCUUUUAUACAUAAAGCAAUAAUGAAGUUUUGAAAAUUCCAUAAAUCAUAAGAAAUACCCUUAAGCGAACUUUAUUGCAGGCAAUAAUAAACGUUGCUUUGAUGUAUGUCAGCAUAUCAAAAGAAAGGUAAAGAAACUGCAAAAUGAAUCGCCAAUCAUUAAUCACAUUACACAGUGUAAAAAAACAACUUUGGAUAAUCAUGUACUUUUUAUUGUAUCUUCAUGAAUAAUUGUAUAACAUUGUCAGAACAUAGCUGAAAAUAUUAUGGAUGUGAUUUCAAGUAUGGUAAUCAACAAAUAGUCAUGUGUAAAUGUCAUACUUGAGCCAUUUUCUUUUUUUGCCAUUAAAGAUAUACAAUUCUGCAA